AUGCAUCAGUCUGUAAUACUAGAGCCACAUGGUGAGUCAGGCUUCGGGUUCCAGGUCAACCUGAUGGUCCUGGAAACCCGAGCGGGAGGGUCGCAGGCGUUGGCGGCCGUUAGGAUGCGAAAGCUGGCCGCCGCCCCUGCCGGGGUCACCUCCGCGUCUCUUGGCUGGUGCCGCGGCGCUUACGUCUUCGUGAAAACCGGCAUCACCGACACAGUGCAGUUGGGAAAAGAUGCGUAUGUCUAUCUGAAGAAUCCUCCUCCAGAUUUUCUUCCGAAAAUGGGAGUGAUUACCGUGUUAGGAUUGGCGGGUUUGAUUUCAGCGCGAAAAGAAUCUAAAUUUAAGAGAAUUGCUUAUCCCCUGGGCCUGGCCACUUUAGGAGCGACUGUUUGCUACCCAGUCCAGUCGGUGAGAGUUGCAAAAGUAACCGGGAAAAACACAUACGCUGCAAGUCAGUGGAUCGUUGGAGCAGUUAGAUCAUUGUGGAGAAAAGGCAACCGCAGAGAGUCCAUGCCUGAACGUACCGAUAAAACUAAGCUGGAGAGGUCUGCGGAAAUAGAAAGACCUGCAAAAGCGGCUCAGGUCCUGGUCCUGCCGGACUCCGCGCCUGCGCCAGAACUCGGCUGUGACUCAGAGGCCGCGGCAGGUGCUGCACCGAAUCCGCCUGACCCCAAGCUCACGGACCACCCGCAGGCCCAUCCGGAAGUCGUGGGCGCGUUCUGUGCUAGGAGCUGAGGACCGUGUAGACUCGUGGGACUGCGUGAUAGUGAGGCUACAAGAGAUGAGGAAAGAAUUCACGUGAGGGGUAACUCACGCAGAGAGAACUGAAGUUUUCCAGUACAUCUUGAAAUACACAGUUUGACCAAUCACAUACGUGAGUGAGACGCAGACUAUGAAUGCAGUCCAAGUGUGUGAAAUGACUGAGGGGGAGACACAAGUGUUAGGAUGCAUCUGACUGGUGAAGGUAUCGACUUAAAACCGGAACAGAGUGAAGACAUAAACGCCAAGGAGACUAACGUGAACAUUUCUCUGUGUGGGUAUGUAUGCGUGUGUAAACAUACACACACACAUACAUAUAUACAUGCACACAUCUGCUGUAACUCUUCUGGAUCGAUGUCAGUUAAAUUAGGUUGGCGUGUGGAAGGAUAUGUCUCCCCUCCCUCUUGUUUCCCCAUUUCCCAGAGCUGUAAUAAAAUAGCUAUACUUUAUGGCAAAAAAAAAAAAAAGGCACCAACAUACACUUAAUAUGUACUUGCAUAGAUACUCUGAACUUAAUAAGAGUUCUAGAAGAAGAGGAAGGGGGUACCAAAAAAGCUGGGAGGAAAAAAUGUUCAAACAACAUCCCUUAUGUGGAGAAAAACUUUAUACGUUAUUAAGAAGAUAGCACACUUUAAAUCAGAUAGGCUCAAAGAGACCCACACCUGAACACAUCAUAAUUAUUUAAAAAGUUAGAGGCAAACUGAAAAUCUUGAAAGCAGCAGGAGAAAAGUGACUAAUAAUGUGGGUACGAAGGGUUGUAUAUGGGGCUGAGGUUGACACUGUUUCAUAAGCCAUAGAGGUUAGGAGGAGCAGAACAGCAUACUCAAAUCGCUGGAAAUAGAGCAGGGGAUAAAAAAAAUGACUGCCAACCAAAAAUGCCUAAGGUAACAAAACAUCCUUUAUAAAUGGAGGAGAAAUUAAGACAUACCAGAUAAACAAAACUUUGUACAAUUCUUCACUACAAAAAGUUCUAAGGUGAGUCCUUCAGGCUGAAAUAAAAUGAUGCUAGACAGUAACUCGAAUCUAUAAUAAGACUCAGAAAGCAUCAUUAAAGCUAACUACAUAGAUAAGUAUAGAAGAUAGCGUAAAUGCAUUUCUGUUCAUAUCAUUUCUAGUCUCCCACCUAAAUUAAAAGACAGCUCCAUAAGGCAAUGUGUAUAAAUCUGUGUUAAUGGGCAUAUGAUGCAAAAAGAUAUCAUCUUUAUUACAUUAACUUUACAACGAAAGGAGCAGAGAAAUAAAAACAGAUUUCGUCUACUAUUGCAAUUGAGUUGGUAUUAAUCCAAAAUAGAUUGCUGUAAAUUAAGAUGGUAAUGCGAAACCCCAGGUCAAUUACUGAGAAAAUAAUGAAAGAAUAUAGUAAAUGACAUGGCAAGAGAAUUAAAAUAUGGAACUAUAAGAGAUCUAUGGAACAUAAGAGAAGGCAAUAAUGAAGGGGCUAGCUGGGGAAG